AGACAGAGGAGUGUAGAUUUUGAUCCUCUUGGCAUGUGAGCAAGCCCCUGGCUGCUUGGCACUGUGUGCGGUUGUUACGGGUGUGCAGAGCAGAGUGAGUCUUGGUGGCAUCUGGAAGUCUUGGACUGGAAUGCGUCUCAGCUAACCCAGGGGGGCCAAGACGGAACACUGCUCACUAUGCUGGGGAAGGAUUAUAUGCUCGCCAUCAUCAUAGUCAAUUAUGAUGAUAAUAUCUGGGAAGACCAGAAUUUGGAGUUGGACUCCGAACUACCUCCGGGAUGGCGCACCAUACGGGACAGCAUGGGUACCUACUAUUGGCACGUGCCCACUGGCGCCACGCAGUGGCAGCAUCCGUCAUACAGUGCUGAGGAUGAACAGAGUGCCAUCAACGGCAUCACUGCCAGCAAUCUCAAGAGCAUCGGCUCUGAUGAACAACGUGAAUCUUCAUCCAGGCUGAGCAAGAACCCUGGAGGGUCCAUCAAUGAUAGGGAGUCCUGGCAGGAGGAGUGUUUCCAUGCCAACAUGGAUCCUGACUCCAAGUGCUUUGCCGUUCGCUCGUUGGGCUGGGUGGAGAUCCCAGAGGAGGAGCUGACCCCGGGCAAGAGCAGCCUGGCCGUGAACAACUGCAUCCAGCAGCUCUCCCACAGCAAGGCUGAGGGCCGCGACGACGUGGGGGCCUGGGGAGAGGGCCAGGACAUGAUGAUGGUUCUGAAGAAGGACACUCUGAGUCUGAUGGACCCAGUGGACCACAGUCUCAUCCACUGCCAGCCCAUCAUCAACAUCCGUGUGUGGGGAGUGGGGUGCAACAACGGCAGAGACAGGGACUUUGCCUUCGUAGCCAAUGAUAAGGACACCUGCAUGCUGAAGUGCCAUGUGUUCCGCUGCAGUGCUCCAGCCAAGACCAUCGCCACCGCGCUGCACGAGAUGUGCUCCAAGAUCAUGUCAGAGAAAGCAGCAAUGCACCCAUCCAUGGCUAGGUCCCUCACAAUGGAGAGCAUCUCCCCAGAGGACCUGCCUAGACAAGUCGACUUCCUGGACGCGGUGAGACAGAGGGUGCAGAGGUUCGAUGUGGAGUACAUUGGCAACCUGCCUGUGUCCAGGGCAAUGGGCAUGGAGGUCUUAAACCGGGCCAUAGAGAGCAUCCUGCACUCCAGGGACCGGGAUGAGUGGGAGCCCAUCGUAAUCCAUGUGACGGACACGAUGAUGUCCUUGUGGAAAGGAGAGGAUGGAGACGAACCUUUCUGGGAAACUCAGGUGAGGUUCCUCACCUUCCUGGGCGUGGGCCACGACACGCACACCUUCGCCGUGAUCGUGGAUGCUGGGACACAGCGCUUCGAGUGCCAUGUGUUCUGGUGUGAACCCAACGCUGGCUUCAUCUCAGAGGCAGUGCAGGCUGCGUGCAUGGUGCAGUACCAAAAGUGCUUGGUGGCUCAGACUCCCCCUCCAAGGUCAAAGAUGUGGCGCGCCGGCUCCAAGGUCAAACGCGCCAACUCCGUGGACGGCUCCACCUUCCUGCCACGUUACCAAGGACACUCUCCUCCAAAGAUGGCCUCCUCUGGCGUCAAAAAGGGAAUGCUGACUUUUUUUGAGACUUUUCGAAACAAACAGCCAGUGAUGCCUGCACCAUAGCAACUUGCACCUAGGGGGGUGGGGCAGCGGGGGUGUAUGACAGGAGGGGGGAUACUGUGGCCGCUGACAGCGCAGAAGAAUAGCAUGAGGAAAAGAAGAGGGACCAGACAGACUAUAGAAAUGAGCUAUAAAAAAAGGUAAAACCAGCUUGUCCAGUAAUAUUUUUUCGGGGAUUACCCCUUAGAUGAAAUCUCAAAGUACAAACAAUUAAGAUUAUAACAAAAAAAGCAUACAAACCUCUACACUAACUACAGUACUGAUAAAUCAGACCGGUCUUGUCUCUUGUUACUACUGUGUCUCUGUGGAUAGACAUAUCUUAACUGAGUUGGUGUGUGGUACUCUGAGGUGCUGUACUCUCACAUUCCACUGCCCUGAAACACGUUAGUAUCAACAGUAGCAAUGUGUCGCAAUGACACACAGGUUUUCAACUCAACAUUAGGACAUCAUUCCCGUAGUUGGGGAAAUCUAGCCAAGGAACAAAAGAAUACUUGCAAUAAGAUGACCAUUGAUCAACAACCACAAAAAAAAAACAUUUUUUCAAUACGUAGAAAAACAGCAUAUAUUUUAAAAAUUGUAACUUGGUCCUUGUAUACUCAAUGUGAUGUAUUCAGCUAUUUUAUUCGGGUGACCUUUAACCUCCGAGCUAAACUGUAGAGAACUUAAGCGAUUCACACUAUUACCGAUAGUCAAUCUUGUAACUGUAUCUGUAUUCCCUGAAAACUGUUUCGUGUUCAUAUCAGAAUUUACAGAGUAGAACACAUCUUUUGAAAUGAAAGUACCUAACAUAUUAUAAUCCAGAUCGAAAUGAACUCGCUUACAUUCAAACCACUUUAGAAUCUCAUGAAAAGCCACAACAAGACUGCACCAACAACAACAAAAAAACACACCUGAGCACAUGACAAAUGGCCAAAUGCAUUGAUGGUAGUGUAGUGAACUGCUCUACAAGUGAACUAGCUGCAGCCAGCACAGUACCCUCUGUAAAAAAAUAUAUGUAUUUAAAAAGAGAGAUGAGCAUUUGCCUUGCCUUGACAAAAUUAAAACAGCAACAUCAAUAAACUAUUUGCGGACUGCCCCCUACAGCUUACUGGCGCCACUGCAUGAGUUUGCACAAGCCUUGGAAUGCACAUUCCACAUGGAUUUGAAGUGGGAAAAAAAAUGAUUGCGACAGACAUUAAAUCAAAUUGAACAGAUUCAAUCAGAAGUUUUAUUCAAAAUGAUCUAUGAUUCAAAGAUCCUAAAGAUUACUAGGUUAUCUAUGGCAUACAUAAAUGGCAAGUGGUUUGCGUUUACAUAUGUAAGUAAUUCCACUGAAUAUAAGCAUUUGCUUUGGCUGUUGUCUGUUAUUAUGUAGUACACAAAUCCUGUAAAUCCUAUGCCCAUCAGAUCAAAUGAACACCAGUGCUACAGGCUGGCUGUUGAAACCUAAAGCAUGCUUCUUUGAGAGGCUAAGGAAUCCGCGUGCAUCCACAUGAAUGGCAGUAGAAAACACUGAUGUGAAGCUACACAUUAUAUAUGCAACUGCUCCUUGUCCUAGACUUUAAAUACAGUAUACAACAAAUCAAUCAACUCAGGUCUUCUUGUUGCUUGAAAGGAGUAAAAUGAUAUAGAUGGGGACACCAUCAGAUAUCGUACGUGAGGUCAACGUCACUACAGCAUGUAAGACCAGUGUAUGGGGAAAGCAUCGUGUAGGAGAACUAGUUUGAACUACUGUUACAAAGUGGUCGUGUAGCACCUUGUGUUUAAUUACUCUAUUUUGCUAUUUAUACUUUCAGAAUUACAUCUCUUUCUUUUUCUCUUGCUCUCUGUUGUUUAGCCCGAGACUAGAACAUGUAUAUUGAGCUGUUUUUUAAUGGAGAGUUUACAUUCUCACUGUUAUACCAGACAAGAUCCACCCGGUGGCAAUCUACGUUUGACUAUUAAACUGCUUGAUUAUC